GUGACAUACACCGGCGGCUUGCAACCUCGAGCUCCGCCGCGAACAGGCCUCAGAUCCCGGCUGGGCGAACAGAACGCGACCGCACAACACCACAACCCCUCGCCCCUGAGCUAUCGCGAUAGCAUCUGCAACCCCCCAAUUGCAGCCACCACGUCACCCUACGCACACGUGCAAGCUCCAAAUCGCCCGCAAUGGUCCACAAGGUGCUCUUCUGGGGCGGAUUCGGUGUCGGCGUGAGGCUGUGGCAGCUCGGCAUUGAGAUGCGCCCCCUCUUCAACCGUGAAUCCCUCUGGGUCUACCCCGUUUUCGCAGGCAUCGGCGGCAGCUUUGGAUACUGGCUCAUGGGCGUCGAGCAGCGACAGUGGAGGGUCCUGGCCGACCGACGAGACGCCCUGCUCGAGAAGCGCGCGCGGAGGAAGGAGCGCGAGGAGGCUGCGGCCCAGGAGGCGUAGACACCCAGCAUGUCGAAAGCUGAACGUGGGGACUGGACGAGAGCUUGAGGGUCGUCUUCGCCCUGAUACGCGUCCCGCCGUGUACGGCUGGGCUAUUUACGCUGCAACUGCGAGGAGACGCUGGCGGAGGACGAGUACGCGUUUUGCGGCAAGUGAUAGUG